AUGUGUCUAUCUGAAUGGGAGACCACCCCAGUUCGUCAACCCAUUCCUAAUCCAGUCAUGUCUCCUUCACUUAAGCCACCCACCGCAAAAAGGCCAUCAAAGAAGAAGAAGAAUCUGAGGAGACCACUACCAACUAGUCAGCAACCACGUCCUCCUCUGCCUAUUGUCAGUCCAACAACACCAACUACUACUAGUCCAUCAACCCCAGCUUCUGAUGUGCCACCCACUGUGACACCUCAAACUAUGCAAGCUGCCUCCCAGGGCACUACUUCAAGGUUCAUGGACUUCAUGCCAAAUCCCACAGUUAGAGUAUCAAGCUCAAGGAGGUGGCCGCAGCCAGCCUUCCGUCCACCAGCCAAAAAGGGGGUCAACAACUGA